AGCAGCGUGGAUAGAGGACACCGCAGACUGGGCUCUUUUUCUCUCGAUAUCGUUCAUGGAAUAAAAAAAUGUUUAAAGUUUUUUUUGUUUUUUUACCCGGAUCAAAACUCUUAACAGGAGUUUAAAUGAAGUGUUUUAACCCAAAUUCCUCCUGUUAGGACAGCUCACUGGCUUCCAGCUGAGGAGUAAACAUGAAAAGUUUGCUCUUUGUCACCUUGUGUCUGUCAACCUGUCCGCUCACGGUUGACGGCCGACAUCCAACCUGUAACUUCCUGCUGGAGGUGGAGAGAGACCAGGCCGAGUGCAUAAAGAAGCUGAGGGAGAAGCAGGCCAACAGCAGCUAUAAAGGCCCCGGAUGCAAAGGAGACUGGGACAGCAUAGCAUGCUGGGAGCGAGCGGAGUUUGGAGAGACCGUGACCAUCCCCUGCCCUCGAGUCCUCAGGACUGUGUUUGGCAGAGAUGGUAACAUUAGCAGAAACUGUACAACAGCUGGAUGGUCUGAUGUUUUCCCAAACAUAACCAGUGUGUGUGGGGCAGACACGAGCCAGGAUAAGCUGGUCUUCUACGUGGUCGUGCAGACGUUGUACACUCUGGGUCACAGUCUGUCUUUAAUUGCCCUCACUACAGGGUGCGCUAUCCUCUGCCUAUUCAGGAAGCUCCACUGCACCAGAAACUACAUCCACCUCAAUCUCUUCUUCUCCUUCAUUCUGAGAGCCGUGGCGGUGUUGGUGAAAGACGACAUCCUCUUCAACCGAAACUCGCACUGCUCAAACCAGCCAUCACUGGUGGGAUGUAAAGCCAGCCUGGUGUUUUUCCAGUAUUUCAUUAUGGCCAACUUCUUCUGGCUGCUGGUGGAGGGUUUGUACCUCCACACUCUGCUGGUUGUCAUUUUCUCGGAAAAUCGACACUUUAUUGUCUACAUGUUCAUCGGCUGGGGAAUCCCCACUGUGUUUGUGUCUGCGUGGGUGAUAACGAGGAUUUAUCUGGAAGACACGGGGUGCUGGGAAACAAAUGACCAACCCAUACCCAACUGGGUGAUCAACGGACCAAUUGGAUUCUCCAUUAUGGUAAACUUCAUUCAGUUCAUCUGCAUCAUUCGGAUCUUGGUUCAGAAGCUGAGGUGUCCUGACGUGGGCGGCAAUGACCAAUCACAGUACAGGAGGCUGGCCAAAUCCACACUCCUGCUGAUUCCUUUGUUUGGCAUCCACUAUGUGGUCUUCGUGACUCUCAGUGAAUCCAUCGCAGAAGAUUAUAAAAUAUUUUUUGACCUUGCCCUUGGAUCUUUUCAGGGUCUGGUCGUGGCCAUUCUCUACUGUUUCCUGAACAGUGAGGUUCAAGGUGAGCUAAAAAGAAAAUGGCGGAGCAUGUAUCUGAACUGUCGUCUGAGCAGGAAUCGCCACAACAACACCUUCGCCUCCAGAAACGGUUCACAGCACAUGGUGCAGUUUCACAGCAACUCCAGAACCCAGUCCAUUCUGCAGACAGAGACCUCGGUGCUGUGAGAACACGAGGUCUUUGACACACAAACAAACAUACAAAAAAAUGCAGUCUUAAGAUUGACCUGGGUCCAAUAGUUUUACAAAGUUAUUAGGAAAAUACAAAAAAGUAGUACUUUGAAAUGAAGUACCACAAGGGUGGGACCUGCACAUCAUUGUAGUGCAGAUUUUGGUUUUAGCUUUACAAAUCUCUGCAAGCCUUCAAGUUUCUCAUUAGUGGAUCAAAAACUUUUCAGAUCUGUCCAGUGAGGUUUACUGUGUUUGCUGCUAAGAGCCUUUUUUUUUUUUUGCAGUCUUUAUGCUAUGAUGUCUGCUGCGUGAGCAGAGAAAAACAUGUGCAACGUCCUUAAACUGUUUUACCUGGAACUUUGUGCACAGAUGAGAUAUAAAAUGUAUAUACUUGAAUGUCGCAUGCAUUGAAAUCUAUAUUUUUGAACAAACAUAUACGUGUAAUAGAAACAGCAUGAUCUAGGUGCUGCAGACUUUAAAUUGGCUCUUGCAAAAAAUGCAAAAAAAAACAGAACCAUUUUUGCUGUCUUUAACAGAAAGCAAAACAGGUGAUUGUUUCAGUAUACAAAUCUUUAUAUAACUGUUGCCUGCUGUGCGAUUUAACACCGCUGGUAAUACUGUGCUGCAGUCUUACCAGCUGUCAUUUUGGAGCCAUGUUGUAAAAUAUAAUAGAUUGGCUAUGGGAAACCUUGCAAUACUUUUUUGUUUGAUACUGACCUAAAAUUCAUGGUAGCCGUGUCAGGAUUUAGUUUCCAGAACGUGCAUGCUGUAUGCAAUAACGCAGCAAAGUGACAGUCCUGUCAUUAAAUCCCGCAAAACUACUCACCUUAGUUCUUUCUUAUAUGUUUUCAAUCCUUUUCCAUGUGCCUCCUGUGUUCUCCCAGCCUUAUCACAGGUGUCUGUGUGAGUUUGUUCCUCACCCUGUUUCAGUUUAAUCCCUGCUUUGAAAGAAUGAUCUUAAUGUGGUCGAUUUUAAUUCCAAUCUUUUUUAAUUUCCUAUUCUUAUUAUUGUCUUGAUUGAGUCCAUCUGUUCCCUCUCCAUGGUGUUUGUCUUAGAAAAAUAGACUCUUAGCCUCCAAAUGUUCUCCUGUUGUUUGGUGCUCCUAGCUGGCUGUCACUCUUUAAAGCACCUUAAGUUAUCAAAUUCCUGAUUAAAGCCUCUUGUGUUUCGCCACCCUCCUGUCAGUUGCUGUUGUGUUUGCAUACUGGGUCCUAAUGGGAAUAUUUCCAAAAAUCUGUGAGAAAUGCUGGUGUCCAAACCCAACUUUAACACAGCAUUUGCUUCCAGUACCAAGUCAUUGUUGUUGCCUUUUUACCACAGCUGUCUCCAAACCCAAAUUUGGGCAUAUGUUAUCCCUUUUGGAGGCCAUAGGUAGUACAUUUAUUAUCAUUUAAAUAGAAAAACUUGGUUAUGUAAAUUUAAAAAAAAAAUAAAGUUGUAAAAAUUGAUUUGUAAAUAUUUUUUUAAACAUUAGGUUUUUACUUCUAGUGUCUCUAGCUGUUCUUUUAAUAAGCUUCUCCUAGUUUUUUUUUUUCGAACCAUUUCACAUAAAGGUCAGUUUUAAUGAUUGAUUUUUUACAAAUAUACAGGGAAAGGUGACAACUUGUCACUUCAGUGAAUCAUUUACUAGUCCACAGUGGCCACACCCACCCAUUUGAUACUUAAAAUUACUGGUAAGAAUAAGUCGUAAUUUUGACCCAGGUCAGCACAUGAGCUCAGUGUUUCUGGGCUUAUGGUUAAAAACAAAACAAAACCAUUGGU